AUGGUUUCAUUCAAAGGUGUUUUAGCUACCAUUGCUUUAGCUUUAUUUGCCCAAGGUGCAGUCAUUCCAAAUGAAUUGGAAACAAGAGAUGAUUCUCCAGGAUUUGUUUCAUUAGAUUUUGAUGUUAUUCAAAGACCAUUAAAUAUUUCAGAAACUGCUAAAUUUAUUGCUCAAUUAAAUAGACAAGACAAAAGAUCUUCACCAAUUCCAUUAAGUUUAAUUAAUGAAGGUAGUUCAUACGCUGCUAAAAUUACUGUUGGUUCAAACAGUCAACCACAAACUGUUAUUAUUGAUACUGGUUCAAGUGAUUUAUGGGUUGUUGAUUCAAGUGCUAAAUGUGCUGCAAAUGUUAAUUGUAAAUCUAGUGGUACUUUCAAUCCAUCAACUUCAUCAACUUGGCAAAACAUAAAUGCUCAAUUUGCUAUUGGUUAUGGUGAUGGUUCAUCAUCAACUGGUAAAUGGGGUAAAGAUACUGUUGCUUUCGGUGGUGUUUCAAUUACUGGUCAACAAUUAGGUGAUGUUACUCAAACUUCAGUCAAUCAAGGUAUCUUAGGUAUUGGUUAUAAAGGAAAUGAAGCUAUUACUGAUGCAAACGGUUAUCAAGAUAUUUCAAAUUAUAAUAAUGUUCCAAUUACUUUAAAAAAUCAAGGUAAAAUUAGAACUAAUGCUUAUUCAUUAUAUUUGAAUUCACCAUCAGCUUCAUCAGGUCAAAUUAUUUUUGGAGGUGUUGAUAAUGCUAAAUAUUCAGGUUCAUUGAUUACUGAACAAGUUACUCAACCAGGUACCGCUUUAUUUGUUAACUUAAACACUCUUGUUUAUAACGGUCAAACCAAACAAAUUUCAGGUGAUGUCUUAUUGGAUUCAGGUACUACUUUAACUUAUUUAAGUCAAGAUGUUGCAGCCAAUAUAGCUAAUCAAGCUGGUGCUUAUUGGCAAACUUUCAGUGAUGGUUCAGGUGUUUACUUAAUCAGUUGUAGUGCCAGUACCAGUGGUAGUGCUGUUUUCAAUUUCGAUAAUGGUGCUAAGAUUACUGUUCCAUUAUCAGAAUUUAUUUUCCAAUCCGGUAGUCAAUGUGUUUUCGGAGUUCAGCCAUCAAAUACUAAUAUCUUGGGUGACAAUUUCUUAAGACAUGCUUACUUAUUAUAUAACUUAGAUGCUAACACUGUUUCAAUUGCUCAAGUUAAGUAUACUACUGCUUCAAGUAUUGCUGCUGUUUAA